CAACAAGCGCCUUUCUUAAGUAGAAUUCUCGGCGAGAAGACGUGUCAAAGAGGUGACACUUGUCACUUCCUCACUUGGCCGACACCUGCCUACACGAUCGUCCUCGGUGGCUCUUGGCUAAAAGGCUCCAUUUUAUGUUCUGUGUGUAUGAGAGGGUCAUCAUCAACAUCAUUUCCCUGCUAAACUCAUUGGAUGAACAUCAGGUGACGUAAAUGCAAAGGACGAUGAGAAAGACAUUCGUGUGUGAUGACUCCACGAUCAUCACUAUUUGCCUCGGGAAGGACAGUGAAGGACGCGGCCUUGCGAUGAUGCCCCGAGAGUUCAGCUGUGUGUUCCAAGACAUGUUCAAGGUUUUUGCUUACAACGGAUUCCCAAAACCUCUUGGGGCAGCACAAUGUCUUGCUGGAGUGUUAAUUAUCACUCUGAAUCUGAUGAUCCAUCAGGGAUACAUUAACAUGCUUCUCAUCUUUCCCAGCAUUCUGUUUGUGCUCUGUGGAAUACUGACCUAUGUGGCAGGACAUGUUCCCAACAUGUGUGUGACCAAGGUAGCAUUCUGUCUGAACAUCAUCAGCUUCCUGUGUUCCGCUGUGUCACUUUGUCUCUCCGUGCUCGACCUCCACUCAUUUCAGAGGCUUACAUCAUCCGAGCUCAAGCUUCAUACAGGAAUCAAGGCGACGAUUGUGUGCCUGCUUGCGAUGGAAAGCUUUAUUACUUUAUUUCUUAUCUACUGGCAGAGUAAAGCUGUUUGCAGACAACAUUUCAACACUCUGCCCAUUGUUCAGCUAAAACAAGAGGACUGAACAGGCUGAUGCAACUAAACAACCCAACAAGAUCAACUGACUGUUUUUUAGUAAAAUUAUGAACACAUCAAUGUUGUUUACCCUAAUCUACAAUAUAUGAAUGUAUAUGGUGCCCUUUAUUCAUAUUAUGUUGGUUAAUAACUUCUUGGGAAAGUUGUGUUUGUCUUUGUAUACUUACUGUUUGUAUAUGAAUGCAACUAUUUGAAAUUGUCUUAUAAUUCAAAACUAAAAAAAAAAAAAAAUUUUCAUUUACAUAUAGUGUUACAGUAUACUGUAUGUUAUUGCACCUUUUCCUCAAAUUAAAAAGGACACGCCUCUUGAUAAUGUAUGAAUGCUCGGUGGGCCGAUUAACGUACAGAUCGGGCCGUAUUUGGCCAGCGCGCCAUACUUGACCCACCCCUGGUUUCCCGGUUUAUGUUUGUC